GAUCAGCGAAGGGCUCAGACACCAUGAUAUUCCUGUCCUCCUUAGGCCUUGUUGCGGGAACAAUUGCGAUUCCACUGUUGAUCUGGGUGUGUGGCUGCGUUUACAGGCUGGUUAAAGUGCUGUGGAGCUUUCAGACAGCAGCUGCAAAGAUCCACAACCUCCCCAGACACUGGCUUUUGGGAACUCUUCCUAAGAUCAAAGAAAUAGGCUAUCCAAACAUGCUACCGUAUUUUGUGGAAGAAGUCAAGAAGCACAAAUUAAAGACGUUGAUAUUUUGGAGAGGCAGAUUCAACCCAAACGUCCUUGUGACCCACCCGAAAUCUGUAGGAGAAAUUUUGCGCACCACAGAACCAAAGAACCGUUCCUUUCAGGCUAUAUACAACCUUAUCCAGCCAUGGGUAGGAGAAGGCUUGCUAGUCAGCAGUGGGCGAAAAUGGGAGCGAAACCGGAAGUUGCUAACACCGGCUUUUCACUGCAAAGCCUUGCAGCCGUACCAGAAGGUUUAUAACGAGGCAGCGGAUAUUCUGUUGUCCAAGUUCAAAAAAGCGUCGUGCACAGGAGAAAGCUUUGAAGUGUUUGACCCAGUGGCUCUGUGUACUUUAGACGUCAUGUUGAGGUGUGCCUUUUCUUUUGAGGACAAUAUUCAGGAAAAGGGAGGGCUUCAUCCGUAUGUGCGAGCCGUGAAGAGAAUGGCAACUCUUAUAGUCCAAAGAGAUCUCCAACCUCUUAACUACAUUAACUGGAUUUACGCAUUAACAAAAGAUGGCCAGGAAUUCAAGCAGCACUGUGACUACGUACAUACAUUUGCCGACGAAAUUAUCGAGAAACGACAACAUCAACUGCUCAGCGAAUCAGAUGUCAACAAAAAGCCCCAUCUGGAUUUUCUAGACAUUCUAUUGGCUGCUCGAGACGAGGACGGAGUCGGCUUCUCCAGAGUUGACAUGAGGGCAGAAGUGGACACAUUUCUGUUUGAAGGGCAUGACACUACAGCGAGUGGCACAUCCUGGGCAAUGUACGCUCUUGCCAAGUACCCGGAUAUCCAGGAAAAGGUAUACCAGGAGGUUCGUGACGUGCUGGGCGACAGAAAAGACGUUGAAAUGCCUGAUCUGCAAAAAAUGACUUACACGGCCAUGUUCAUCAAGGAAGUCUUUAGAAUGUACACCCCAGUACCUAUUAUUGGUAGGGAAGUUUCAAAACCACUGGUGAUUGACGGCGUCGAACUACCGGUUGGUAUGAAGAUAAUCAUUUCCUUGUUCAUCAUGCAUCACAAUCCCGAUGUCUGGGAGAACCCAGAGGAAUUCCGAUCAGAAAGAUUUGCUGAAGAUAAAUUUUCAAGUAGAGAUCCUUAUUCCUUUGUGCCAUUUUCAGCGGGACCGAGGAAUUGCAUCGGACAGAACUUUGCGCUGAACGAAGAGAAGGUAUUGGUUGCGCGCAUAGUCAACGGAUUCCGCCUAGAGUUGGACACAGACCACGAGAUCGUCAUGGUUCCAGAACUGGUCAUGCGCUCCCAGAACGGUAUCAAGGUCAAGGUCUAUCCAAGGGCAUGACAUGACGGAACAAACAGUGAAAACAGAUUCUGGAAGAGACGUAUACAUUAUAAUUAUAAUUAGGACAAUAACCAAAUCAGCACAUUGAGAAUAUACAUAACGGGGUGGACCCUAGAUAACCAUAUAUUUCAGACAAGUUACAUAUAUACAUACAAUAUAUAUUGCGCAUGCAUGUCAGCUCCAGGCACAUUCUCUUGUAUUAUCCAAGGUCACUGUGUACUCAAAGCCUCAACAGAAUCACCUUUUGCGACUAACUGUUUUAUGUUCAGUGUACAGCUUGUUUAAACACGUACAAAAACCAACACGACGUCAUGUAGUCUCAUACUCCCCAUUAUGGAGGCUCCUGCGGCCGAGAGGUCAGCGUGCUGGACGCAUACAUUUUGAGCCAACAACCUCUCACUGAUGCUGUAACGGUGAGUUCAAGUCCAGCGCAUGCUGUUUUCCUCGCCGACAGCAUGUGGAAAGGUCUGCCAACAAUCUGCCUACAUAGGACUUCAACAAGAUUUU